UUAGCCCAACAAACAAUGCACGCUGAUCUAAAAAAAAAAACGCACGCAGGCACGCUGACUGGGACAGACGCAUCUCACCGUGCUGGCCCGGCCUCCCGAUCUCGCCGACUCGCUGCCUGCCUCGCCGUCGAUAGACGCCUAGGAGCCGCCCCUGCCCGCCCCGCCCGCCUGGCGCUCGGCGCCACCGCGUCCCCCUGGCGCCCCUACAAGCCGGCGCCUACCGCCCAGUCCGCUCUCCGCGGACUCAGGCACUCGGCCGGCAGCAAGCCAGCAACCCUGCCCGGCGGCCAGCCGUUAGCCCGAUUUCAGGACUUGAGGUGCACCACCCUGUUUUUAAAUCCUAGAUCUGCCACCUUAGGUGAGCACCGUGCCACCGACAGGAACCAGACGGGUUGGAAAACCACCAGUGAGUCAGCGAUCCACCCUGCCAGUGUUCCGCUCUCACAGCGCCUUCCUCCCGCGCGGCCCAUGGCGACGCCGCUCGUCGCCAUCGUCCGGCUCGCAGCCGCCUCCCGUGUUUUGGUCCUUACUCUCUCUCUGCUCGCUCGCCUUCUCUUCCACCCCUACGACACCUCCGCUUCCCUUCACCCGCCUUGUCUCUCCUCCCCCUUCUUCCCCCUUUCCGCCUCCUGUUCUAAUUCCACCACCGCCGCCAUCUCGUCCCUAGCCGUAUGGGACGGUGUCCACUUCGCCCGCGCUGCCGAGUGCGGCUACGAGUACGAGCAGUCAUUCGCCUUCUUCCCCCUCCUUCCCGCAUCAAUCGCUCUCCUCUCCCGGUCCCUGUUAGCGCCGCUGGUGCCGAUGCUGGGGUACAGGGCCGUGCUCGUGAUCUCUGGGCAUGUUCUGAACAAUGUGGCAUUUGUUGCUGCCGCGGCCUAUUUCUACAGAUUAUCUGUGCUGAUCUUGAAGGACUCAGGAGCGGCCUACCGUGCAUCUGUUCUUUUUUGCUUCAAUCCUGCUUCUGUGUUCUACUCAUCCCUAUAUUCAGAAAGUCUUUAUGCCCUUUUUUCGCUCGGAGGACUGUUCUACCUGUUUUCCUGUUCUCGUACCAUUGCAAUGAUAAUGCUCGCUCUCUCUGGUUCAGCUAGGUCAAAUGGAGCACUUAAUGCUGGCUAUAUCUGUUUUGAGGCUUUGCUACAAGCAUAUGAUGCUUCUAUCCAGAAGAAAAGGCCCAUGUGGGCAGUGCAGGCCCUUGUCACUGGUUUUUUGCGCUCCACUUUUAUAUUCCUACCAUUCUUUGCCUUUCAAGCAUAUGGAUAUUUAAACAUAUGCCUACACAGAGACACGGAUGAGUUGAGGCCAUGGUGCAAAGCAAAACUGCCCCUUUUGUAUAGUUUUAUUCAGAGUCACUACUGGGGAGUUGGUUUCUUGAGAUACUUUCAAGUCAAGCAGCUGCCCAACUUUCUUUUGGCUUCACCAGUACUAUCUCUUGCAGUUUAUUCUAUAGUUCACUACACAAAAUUGAUUCACCAACUCUUCCGAUCAACUAGCAUACGUGAGCAGAUAAUUGCCACUGUUGAGGGGAGGUUAGUUCAAGCAUAUGGAAGCUCAGAUGUUGCCACGGUGUUGAAGAGUGAAUUUUCUACCAGGCUAAAUAACAAAAAGCAAGGGAACACUGAGGUUAAAAAUAGAAAAUCUGUUGCGACCAAGGCUACUUCAGCAUCUUUAGAUGGCAAUGUAUCAACAGGACGAAUUGUGGGAGAUAAUGAGGAUGAGUGCCCCUUGCUAGUUCUUCCUUUCAUUUUACAUCUGACAUUCAUGACAUUUACCGCCUUCUUCGUGAUGCACGUCCAGGUGUCAACGCGGUUUCUGUCUGCCAGUCCUCCGAUCUACUGGGCUGCUUCGCGCAUUUUGGCUCCUGCAAGGGGCGGCUCGUACAAGAGAUGGGGAUACUUCAUCAUCGUUUACUUCAUUGCUUAUAUUCUUCUGGGCAGUUUGCUCUUCCCCAACUUCUACCCAUUCACAUGAGAACAGCUGCUGUCGCACACACACGAAUUGUAUGAGCUAGCUUAGCCUGGAGGUUCUCCUUGGCCGAAUGUUCCUGUACAGUUGGUGUAUCUCUUUCCUUUUGUUCCCUAUAAAAACCACGGCCAUAGAAUUGAGGAGUGUAUUCAAAAAGGUUUUUCUUUC